AUGGUCGAAGAAGAAAACGAUGCUGAGACCAAUUUUCAAAAGGUUCUACAUCCACAGUCCAUCAGACCAGCUAGAGAGGGAGAUAUUCCAAUCAGAGUUAAGAAUUCGUAUACCCCUAACGCUCCAGGUACCCUCAUUAGCAAAGCAAGAGAUAAGAGUAAGGUUCUUAUCAGCUGA